AUGGGUAAAAUGACGCAAAUGACUCAAGAGGAAAUUAUGACGAACACGAAAACCGUUCUCCAGGGUUUGGAAGCGUUAAAAAACGAACACAAUGCCAUUCUCACUGGAUUAAAUUCAAAUUUGGAAGUCAUACAUUCGUCUGGUGGUGGUGCCAAUCCGGCGGAUGAAAGCGUCGUCCAAGAAAAAUCUAGAUUGGUACACAAAAGCGUCGACAUGAUCGAAUGGGGCCUUGGAGAAGCACAGGUUAUGAUGGCACUCGCUCAUCAUUUGCAAAUUGUGGAAGCGGAAAAGGAAAAGUUGAGGACUCAAGUUCGAAGAUUGUUUCAAGAAAAUGCUUGGCUAAGAGAUGAACUUGCCAACACUCAACAAAAAUUACAAUCAUCCGAACAAACGGUUGCCACAUUGGAAGAGCAAAAAGAGCAUUUGUUGUUUAUGGCAUCGAUAAGAAAAUACGAUCAAGAUGUUUCCUACGCGAGUCAAGGACGAUAUGAAGUCGCCGUUCCUUUGUGCAGACAAGCUUUGCAAGAUUUAGAAGUCACAAGUGGAAGAUUUCAUCCCGAUGUGGCAACCAUGUUAAAUAUUUUAGCUCUGGUUUAUAGGGAUCAAAAUAAAUAUAGGGAAGCUGCAAAAUUGUUAAACGACGCUUUAGAAAUCCGUGAAAAAACAUUAGGAGAAGAUCAUCCCGCCGUCGCGGCAACUCUAAACAAUUUGGCCGUUUUGUACGGUAAAAGAGGGAAAUACAAAGAAGCCGAACCCCUUUGUAAAAGAGCUUUAGAAAUUCGAGAAAAGGUUUUGGGAAAAGAUCAUCCGGACGUUGCUAAACAAUUAAAUAAUUUGGCUUUGCUUUGUCAAAAUCAGAUGAAAUACGACGAAGUCGAACAAUAUUAUCAGCGAGCCUUAGAAAUAUACGACAGUAAAUUAGGACCGGACGAUCCGAACGUUGCUAAAACUCAAAACAAUUUAGCUUCGUGUUAUUUAAGGCAGGGAAAAUACAAAGAAGCUGAAAUUUUAUAUAAGCAAGUUUUGACGAGAGCGCACGAAAGAGAAUUCGGAACCAUCGAUGGUGAUAACAAACCCAUAUGGCAAAUAGCAGAAGAAAGAGAAGAAAAUAAAUUGAAAAAUAAGGAAAACGUUUUGUACGGCGAAUACGGCGGGUGGCACAUAGCGGCAAAAGUUGAUUCGCCGACGGUCACGACAACCCUUAGAAAUUUGGGUGGUUUAUACCGGCGUCAGGGGAAAUACGAGGCGGCGGAGAUUUUAGAAGAUUGCGCCAUUAAAACGGGAAGAGACGCGUUGAACAUGUGGAAACAACCGAGAGUUAAAAAAAUACUAGAAGGAAAUAACGAGAGCGAGAAGAAAAGGAAAAGUUCUAGAAGAGGUUCGAGAGAAUCUUUAGACAUGGUUCAUUACGAAACAGGAGACAAGGUAGGAGAUGCGGCACCUUGA